AUGUCAUCUGGAUUUUAUGAACCUAAUUUAUUAAAUUCCAAUGAUUUAAAAGGAUCACGAAAUGAUCCUAUUAUUAUUAGUGAAGAUAGUGAUGAUAGUGAUUCAUCUGAAUCUUUAUCUUUAUUUCAAAAUGUUUUAACUCCUGAUGUAUCUAAAAUGGCUUAUCAUAUAACUGAUUAUUUCGAACCAUUGCCUGAUAGCUUUGAUGGAAAUAAAAAAAUUAUUUCUAAUAAAAAUAAUUGUAAUGAUCAUUCCUUCCAAUCUAUUAAAAGACAGAGACAUCUUCUCGAUGAUGAAGAAAUUAUGGAAGAUGGAGAAAUAGAAAUUUUAUAUAUAAAAAAAACUAAAUUAAACGAUGAUACUAAUGAAGAGGACCAAACGUCGUUCUAUGACAAAUCUUAUAACACCCAGUUUCAACCAAUUGAAAAAGAAGGAUCUCCUAAAAGUAAUAAUUUUUUCACAAAAAUGUUGCAAAGUUAUACGGGUGAUUUAUUUCUAAAGGAUGAUAUUAAUAGAUUUUCCAUUAAUGAAAGUUCAAUCUCUAAGGAGGAAAAUGUUAAUGUUUCUACAGAACAUUGUUUUCCAUACAAAUUUAAUGAAUCAUCAAAUUCUUUAAAAUAUGAAGAAUCUAGUUCAUAUGGAAGCUUUCUAGUUCAAAAAGCUGCUUCUAUGUUAUUUAAUAAAAAUGUGAACAAUCCUUCAAACCAAUUAAAAAACAACUUAUUUGAUGAAUAUAUUAUUAAUAAAAAAACUAACGAUUACGGAGAUAAAGGGCUUAAUUCACCAUAUUUUGAUUAUUUCUGCAAUGGAGAUUUAACGUUAGAAAGAGGAAUUGAUUUUGUUGAUGGUAAUGAAGUUAAUUUUAAGGAGAAACAGUUACAAAAUUAUAGAUCAUGUGGAAAGCUUAUAACAUUGAAUGAUGUGACAAUUGGAAAUAUAAUAUCCUUAGACACAACAAAAGAAACUUUGAAAGGUAGAAAAAGUGAACUUCAUUGGGGUACAAUUUCUUCUAAUGUCAACGAUCUUUUUAAGACAAUUCUUGAUUUUUUGGAACAUUAUGAUAAGAAAUUAAAAAUUGAAACUCCUAGUAAUUUUAGAGGCAAUUUAAAGCCAUACCAAGAAGAAGGAUUAGCGUUUUUAGUUAAAAGAGAGAAUUCAUUUCCUUGUGGAGGAAUUUUGGCUGAUGACAUGGGAUUAGGAAAAACUGCUCAAAUGAUAUCCCUUAUUCUCCACCAAAAAAAUCUUAUAAAAGAUAGUGAAUUAGAAGGUAUUAGAGUAAGAGCAGCAAAAGCUAGACAUCUUUUACCAAUAAAUGCUACUCUUAUUAUUGCUACAACAGGUUUAAUUGGACAAUGGAAAAGUGAAAUUGAAAAAUUUGCUAAGCAUGGUCAGUUAAAUGUUGGUAUUUUUCAUGGAACCAAUAGAACAACGAAUCAUCGUGAUUUAGAAUCUUUUGACGUAAUAUUAACAUCCUAUGGGGUUGUUUUAUCUGAAUUAAGAUAUCUUUUAGAGGAUUCUGAAGAAGAAGAUGACGAUAGAAGAAAUAACAAAUCAAAGAAAAAAAAUAAAACUUUACCAUUACAUUUUUCUGUUUUAACUAAAGUUUGUUUUCAAAGAAUAAUUCUUGAUGAAGCUCAUUCUAUUAAAAAUAGAAAAAGUUUAGUAUCUAAAGCCUGUAUGAAUUUAUCUGGACUUCGUCGUUGGUGUGUUACUGGUACACCAAUUCACAAUGACUUGUGGGAUGCAUUCUCAUUAUUCCGAUUUUUGAGAACAUACCCUUUGGAUCAAGAAUAUGCAUGGAAAAAUUUUAUCAGUACAUUAAAUAAACAUGGUUUAAGUCGUCUUGAAAUUCUUGUUGAAGCAAUAUUGUUAAGAAGAACAAAAGAUCAACAUGAUGAAGAUGAUAUGGAUCCAAGAGAAAGAGUAGUAUAUGAUCAGAUGUUCAAAGCUGCACAAGAAUUUGUGCGUAGUUUUCUUGAAAAAUGCACUAAUUCAGAUAUUGAUUGUGGAAAUCCAAAAAAAGUUAAAAAUAAAAAAAAUUUAUUUCUUAAUGCUACCGAACUUUUAGAUGACUGUGAAAAUAGAUUUCAAAAUAUGGCUUGCAUUUUGGCGUUUUUGUUGCGUCUUCGUCAGGCAUGCAAUCAUAUGUUUUUAACAAAAUCUGGUCUUGAUUUAAGUUGUUUGGAUGGUGGAGAAGAUAUUAAUAUGAAAGAAAAAAUUUCUACAGCAAUCAAAGAUUCAUUAGAUAUAUUUACAACUAAAAAUUACAAUAAAUCAAAUAAUAAAAAUAAACAUUUAGAAGUAUUUGAAGAUAGUUUUAUUAGUAGUAAACUUUUGGUAUUAUUGGAAAGAAUUGAUAAAAUUUUAGAGGAAACAGAUGAUAAAAUUAUUGUUGUUUCACAAUGGACUUCAAUGCUUCGUUUAAUACAUCCACACUUAAAAAAAAGACAAAUAGAUUUUGUAGAAAUUACUGGAGAGGUUGAUUCAAAAGUUCGUCAAUUAGCUCAAAAUGAUAUUAAUAAUUGUGAAAUUAACAAAAGAAUCAUGCUAUUAUCACUCAAUGCUGGAGGAUUAGGAUUAAACCUUAUUGGAGCAAAUCAUAUUUUUAUUCUUGAUCCUCAUUGGAACCCUUUUAUGGAAGAUCAGGCUUGUGAUAGAAUUUAUCGUAUUGGUCAAAGUAAAAAUGUUUUUAUUAACAAAUUUAUUUGCAAAAAUACAAUUGAGCAAAGAGUUCUUCAUUUGCAAGGCAAAAAAAGAGAACUAUCAAAUACUUUUCUUAAAAAAACAGGUAACAAAAAAGAAUAUAAAUUGACAAAUGAAGAUUUGGCUUAUCUUUUCGAAGUCAAAUAA